GUGGGUGGGGAGUCAAGAAUGUCCAAUUUCGCGGAGGAACUUCAUCCUUCUGAGGAGUGAUUCAAGAACCUGACUUGUCUACUCAAGUUAAGACUCAAAAAAACCUUCUCAGAGCAGUGAAGACUUCAAUUAGCGGCAAACCCCUUUUUUUCUUUUUUUUCCUCCCAAAGUUCUUAAUUCUAUUUCCCUAUCCUUCUCUUUUUUUCUUUUUAAAUGAGAGAAAAAAACACCGUCUGAGAAGACAGAAGGAAUCCUUUGUAUUUAUCUAUAAACCUUUUUUUUAGUUAGUCAUCUUCUACUUCAUUUUUUUUAUUUUUAAGAUCCCAAUACAUAUAUUAUAUGUAUAGAUCUAUGUGACAUAUGUAUAUAGUCCUAUUUAUAUUUGUUCUUCUCACACUCUCACCCCACUUAGGGGAUACUAAUUGGUUUGGAGUUUAAAUGAUGGUGAACUGAGAGACAGCAAAAAAACUGGGCCCUUCCCUCAUUUUCCCCCUCCCUCAAGCCUUUUUCCCAGCCCCUGGCUGGUCCCCAUCCUCAGGGGACCUAGUACUUCUACCUCUUCCUGCUGCCCUCGGGAAGCCUGAAAUAGUAUUAAGAUGCCCUACAGCAAGAGCACUGAUUCCCCCACCAGCGAGGCCAUUAAGCCCUAUCUGGGCUCUGGGCAGCUGUCUCAGGAUACAAAGAAUGGAAGCUCCCAACAAAAUAUAAAGUAUCUAGAAAAAUCAAGGUUUCACAAAAAUUCAAAGGCUGAUGAAACCUCCGGGAAAAGCAUUAGAUUCAUGGAGAGGGAAAUCACCAACCUCAAGAAAGAUCUCCUGCACAGCCGCUACUUGAUGCGAUCAGUGAAAAUGGGUCAAGGAUAUUUCGAUAUUCUGAAGGCGGAGACUGCAAUGAGGAAGAAAGUCCUCCUAGACAAAAAGAAAGAAGAAGAGGAGAGAAACAAAUUCCAGCCAGCAAAAAUAGCUACUACUGAACCCAGUGACUCUAGCCUGCUCCUCUAUAGUGGAGUGAGAAAGGUAGAGGGGAUGCCAGAUAUGAUUCUACGGCCUUUCACCCCGGUGUACAGCUGUCUGGUCUCAUCCACGAUGUCCGAAUCACAUAUAGAACCCCUCUUCCGGCAACUCUGUGCCCUCCACUGGCUCCUGGAAGCGCUGACCAUUGACCACAACUACCAUGGCAUGAGACCUGUGAUAACCUGUUGGAAUGAAAUGGACCCUGGUGGCAUCAAAAACACAUUAAAAAAAAUCAAUAAGGACAAGGGGAUAACACACAGAUGGGAUCACUUCAUCAUGCCACCAAAGACCAAGAAAUAUAAAAUGCCAGCUGCUCGGUUCACAACCACCCGGAAGUCGAGCCGGAAGGCAUCGACUAUCAGCCUUACUCGGACGAGUGGGGGUUCAUCUCCACAGAGCAGCAUGCUUUCAGUGAACCCAACUGGCUCAGAUGAUCCUCAGAGCUCUGUGACUGUGGGCACCAGCAGCAAAGAACUGGAGGACAACGAAUCGUCAUCCACCAAGCAGGAUGAUGAGAGCAUCCCCAUCAGUCUUCAGAAGCUCAUGGAGAUGGUGCGUGAAGAUGCUAGGAGGACAGUCCUUACAGAAGAUGAUUCCUAUAAAAAAAUAACAAGCACAGUGUCUAUCCUCAAGCCAUCUUUUAGGAGUGAUACAAACUUAAAGGAAACUACCCAAAAGUCAAGCAUAACUGAUAAGUCAAGUAGCACCAGCACAGAAAGUCUCCGGAGACCCAGAAGCAAUCCCUCUGGCUCCUUAGAUACCAAGAACAAUGUGUGUGCCACCAUGCGAGCCAAGUUUUUCAGGCAUUGCACAGGAGGCUGGUUUCUGCUUGCAAGACAGACUAGAAAUCCUUACAAAGUAAGACUCUCCAUAAACUGGGGAAAGGGCAUCACGACUUCUUGCUUAUGGGGCUCUCUCUCAAGAUAAGAUUCAAAUCCUGUG